GGGCGGGACGCGGCGGCCGAGCCCGGCGAGACAGCGGCGAAAAGUGCCACGACUCCAUACGGGCGCGACGGCGAGGAGGGACCGCGACCCCGCACGGCCUCUCCCUCCCUCCUCAACCCACAACCUUUUAGAGAGGAAAUUCGAUAAUGUCAACAGUUAAGCAUGGGCACGAGAACUCCUGGUAGAUGAGGACUUUCUGCAUUUUGCUUGUUCUGUUUUGAUUGACAAUGAUGAGGAACCACAGCCAUGGCAACUCCUGGAAAGUGUCCCUUCCCAGAUUCCAGGGGAUUCUAUCUUCCAGCAACUAGGGGAUUGUGAGCCACCUCAGAGCCACAUGGAAGUGAUGCCCUGGUAGAUGAAACACGUGGAUGGGCCAGCAAAAAUUUCCUUUAAACCAGUACAGGUUCAAAUAGCCAUUAAGAGGAGUGGAGAUACCAGCAUCUUUCCCCAGGUGUGGCUGAACCCUGCUUGCCAGACCUCAGAGCAGGCAGUGUCGUCUCUACUGCUGCUCAGCAGCACUGUACAGCUGGCAAAGAGAAGAGGGAAGGGCUGCUGCAAAGCUUUCUCCUCCCAGGGUGAUAUUUUAUUCCAAAGAUGACACCUGGAUAUGCAUCUGGGUGCAGUGAAAAAGCCAGGUGCUCCAGAAAAAGCCCAGAUUUUGGCCAGCCUGCUCCUAGAAGUCUGAAAGUGGGCUCUCCUACUGCUGCAGGUAUGGCUUAGGGUCAUACAAAACUACCCCAUUGGACAUGGAAUGAGGCUUGUGGCUGCAUCUCUGAUUGCAUCCCUGUUUUUUAAUUCCUUCUCUUCAGUUUUGGAGAUGAAAUUGAGUCACUGAGGUACAACUGGACCCCUGUGUAUGGGCAUUGUAGCAGAAGAGCACAAACUUGGAGGUGUGCAGGCAGGUCUACCUGAGCCGUGUGAAUCUGGAGCGUUCCUCUUCCCAGUGCAUUAGAAGGCACAGAUGCCCAUGUGAAGAUACUGCUCAGAAAAGCCAUUGCAUUUCUUUCCUCCCCUCCUGCCCCUAACUGUUGUCCUGGUGUCUUGCAGGCACAGAAGAGUGAGGCAGGAUGGAUGUGUACGACCCUCAGAUGCUGGGUGUUAUGGUCUUCGGAGGCUUCAUGGUGAUCUCAGCCAUUGGGAUCUUCCUGGUGUCCACCUUCUCCAUGAAGGAGACAUCUUAUGAGGAAGCCUUGGCGAAGCAACGCAAGGAGCUUGAGAAGACCCAGCAGCAGAAAUUAGAGAGAAAGAAGAAAGAGAAACCAGCUGAGAAAAGAGGAAAAGCAAAGAAAAAGGAAGAGAAACUGAAUGGAAAGAUCCCAGAGCAGCAGCUUACUCGGGAAGUGAUGGACCCUCCCAAGGAGGUGGUUCCUGAGCCUGCUGUGGUGCCUGAGCCUGUAACAGUUGAGACUCCAAUUGUAGCAUUUGUUCCCCAGGAAAAGGAGAAACCUGUUCCAUCACCUAAGGAGAGGAGGAAGAAGGAGAAGAAGGUGGCAAAGGUAGAGCCUGCUCCUAGCCCGGUGUUGGCUCCACCCCCUGUCAGUGUCCCCAAAAGUUCUCCCAUCCGGGAGGUGGCCCCUAAGGAGGUGCCUGUUGUGGCAGUGCCCCCAGUUGGCACUCAGCAAAGUGCUCCAGUCAUCAGCUCUGUCACUGUCAAGAAAACAGAGGCUCUUCCAGCCCAGGAGGAUCAGAAGCAUGAUGGCCCUGCCAAGAAAAAGGCUGCAUCCAAGAAGAAGAGUGAGCCAGCACCUAUGGAUUCGGAUGGAGCCCUGUACCUGCCCUACAAGGCACUUGUGUCCACAGUCAGCAGCAUGGUGUUCAGUGAGGGGGAGGCCCAGCAGCUCAUCGAGAUCCUGACAGAGAAAGCAGGAAUCAUCCAGGACACCUGGCACACGGCCAUGCAGAAGGGUGACCCACUUGCUGUCCUGAAACGCCAGCUGGAGGAGAAGGAGAGGCAGCUCUCUGCUGAGCAGGAGGAUGCAGCUGCUGCCAGGAACAAACUGCGGGAGCUGAGCAAGGAGCUGGCAGCUGAGCGGACCAAGGCCGUGGCCAUGGAGGGCAAGCUGAAGGAGCAGCUGCUGACCCGUGAGCGGGAGAUCGUGGCAGUGCAGGCACGGAUGCAGGCCAGCUACCAGGACCACAUCAGUGAGACCCAGCAGCUCCAAGGCAAAAUCCGGACCCUGCAGGAACAGCUGGAGAACGGCCCCAACACACAACUGGCUCGCCUGCAGCAGGAGAACUCCAUCCUGAGGGAUGCCCUCAACCAGGCUACCAGCCAGAUGGAAAGCAAGCAAAAUGCUGAGCUGGCCAAGUUGAGGCAGGAGUGCAGCAAGCUGAUGAAAGAGCUGUCUGAGAAGUCGGAGGUGCUGCAGCAAGAGGAGCAGCAGAGGAGGAGCUGGGAGAUCAAAACGGCAGCCUCGGAGAAGCGAAUUGAACAGCUGCAGGCUUACCAACGGGAGGCAGAGGUGAUGCUGCAGAAGAGGCUGGAUGAGGUCAGCGAGGAGCUCCGCAAAACCCAGAGCAGCUACAAGAGCCUGUUGGCAGAUGCAGAAAAGACCAAAGGGCAGCAGCAGAGCAUUGCUGAACUGCAAGCCAAGCUGCUGAGCUCUGAGGCAGAGGUUAAAAGUAAGCUGCUGGAGUUGGACAGUGUGAAAGGGAAACUGCAGGAUGCCAUCUUGGAGAAUACAAAGCUUCUGGAGAGGAUCAAGUCCAUCGAAGCUCUGCUGGAGGCAGGGCAGAUGCGGGAGGCAGAAAAAGGCAGAGACCUGCAGGCAGCUAAUGAAGCAGAAAUGAAGCAGCUGCAGUCAAGACUCCAGGAGAAGACAAACCAGCUCUCAGCCUUGGAAAGGGAAGCCACACAGCUGCGGGAGGCAGUGGAGCAACAGAAGGUGAAAAACAACGAUCUUAGGGAAAAGAACUGGAAGGCAAUGGAAGCACUGACCACAGUGGAGAAGGCAUGUGAGGAAAAACUACUUGCUGCUACGAAAGCAAAGGAAGAGCUGGCCCAACAGCUGGACGCACUCCAGACGCGAACCAAGCAGAUGCUGCUCUCUGCCUUCCCGGGAGUCACUGUGUCCUCACAGCAGGAUUAUGACAGAUGGCUACAGGAGUUUAAGGAGAAGAUCGUGGGUGUGCUAAAGCAGCAGAUGGUCACAAGAGAGCCACUCGAUUCAGCUCUUAAAUUAAAAGAGGCAGAGGAAGUGCAAAGCACUUUACAAGCAGAAUGUGAGCAGUACAGAACAAUCCUUGCAGAGACAGAAGGGAUGCUGCAAAAUCUGCAGAAGAGCGUGGAGGAGGAGGAGCAGGUGUGGAAGGCAAAGCUCACAGCCUCUGAAGAGGAGCUCCAAAAGUCACACCUGCAGCUGAAAUCCCUGGAAGGCAUGGUGGAGAAGUUGAAAGCAGAUCUGCAGAGCACAGAUCAGCUAAAGGAAUACACCUCUCUUCUGGAAACACAACUGGAAAAUCACUUGGAGACAGCCAGCUCUGAGCGCCAGAACUACACAAAAGAAGUUGGAGCUUUGAGGCAGCUCUUGUCAGAGUCCCAGGAGCAGCUGGAGGCAGCAAAGACUGAAACACAGAAGCAGAGCAAGGAGCUCACCCUGUUGAAAACUCAGCUGGAGCAGAACGAAACACUGGCAGAGAAGGAGCAAAUGCUGCGGCAAAAGCUGGCACGGGAGCUGGAGGAGGCCCAGAGCUUAGCACGCAGCUUGCAAGCAGAGCUGGAAAAGCUGAGACUGGCUGAACAUGCAGCAGCUUCAGACGAGGAGGCCCAACAUCUCAAGGGGAAAGAGGACAGUUCAAAGGAAGGGACUUCAGUUUGACGAGUCUUCACCCUGGACCUUACACUUAACUUACCAAAAUGCCUUACACAUUCCUAAAAAUAAAAAAUUAUGCUAAAUCAUAGAUAAAAGAUACAAGCCAUUAGUGACCCAAAACCUAGUUUUGAAACUUACAAGAAAACAUACAAAAAAACCCAAAACAACAAAAAAACACAAACAACAAACUAAACACUGCAGUUUGUAAGAAAAUCUUCAUACUGUUUUGUACAACUCUUCAUUUCCUGGGGAGCUGCUGUGGCCACACCCAGCACACACUGGGGCUUCACCUUCCAGCAGAACAGCAGAACCCACCAGUGUGUGAAAAAGGAAGACUGUGUUUGUACAUCAACUAGUGCAAUUUUUUUUUUUUUUUUUUUUGAGUGAAAGGAGUGUGAAAGUAAGACCCACAAUGGAAGGAUGCCCUCUUGGAGGGGUGGCUGUUGGCACUUGUAUUUCUGGGCGUCGAUGCAAUUAAAAUAAUGUAGUGAAGAGA